CUGAUCACUGUCACGGCUGCAGUCAUGUGGGGCCCUGGCUUGCUUCUCCUCCUGGCCACGCUCGGGCGUCUGUCCGAUGGCCAGAACUCCGAGUCCAUGCUCAGAGUGGUCACACAGACUCUGCUGCCCCCGGACAGCGUGCACAACCCCACCCAGCUCAACUACGGCAUGGCGGUGACGGAUGUGGACGGGGAUGGGGACCUGGAAGUGGUGGUGGCAGGAUACAACGGACCAAACCUGGUGCUGAAGUACGACCGCACCCUAAACAAGCUGGUGAACAUUGCUAUUGAUGAUAGCAACUCGCCCUACUACGCACUGAGGGACAGAGGAGGAAAUGCAAUUGGAGUCACGGCCUGUGAUGUGGAUGGAGACGGGCGCGAGGAAAUCUACUUCCUCAACACAAACAAUGCCUACUCUGGUCGAGCGACUUAUGCCGACAAGCUCUUUAAGUUCCGUAACGGCCGCUAUGAGGAUCUGCUCGGCGAUGAACUCAAUAUCCGCCGUAAAGUGGCCAACAACAUGGCGGGACGCUCAGUGGCAUGUGUGGACAGAAAGGGAACGGGUCGCUAUGCCGUGUACGUGGCCAACUACGCCCAGGGCCGGGUGGGCCCCCACAUCCUCAUCGAGAUGGACGUGGGUGCCAGUGAUCUGUCCAAAGGAGUCGUGGCUCUGUCCAACGUGGCUGCCGAGGCCGGGGUCGACAAACUCACAGGAGGCCGCGGCGUGGUGGUCGGGCCGAUCCUGAACCAGAUGAGAGUUUCGAGGAGGGCGAACGCAGACCCUCUGAUCCAGGAGCUGAAUGUGGGAGACGCUGCUGAGCCCGAGGGGAGAGGGACAGGUGGCACCGUGACGGAUCUGGAUGGGGACGGACAGCUGGAGCUGCUUUUGGCUCAUGGAGAGAGCGCCCAGCAGCCAAUAUCUGUCUUUAAAGUCACACAGGGCUCGUCCAACAACUGGCUGCGAGUCAUUCCUCGUACUCAGUUUGGAGCUUUUGCUCGCGGGGCCAAAGUGACGGCCUUCACGGGUCAGAGCGGCGCCCUGACCCGCAUCAUCGACGGGGGGUCGGGGUACCUCUGCCAGAUGGAGCCCGUGGCCCACUUCGGUUUAGGAUCUGAUGAGGUGAAGGUGCUGGAGGUCUCCUGGCCCGAUGGCACUACCACCACUCGAGCUCUCCAGGCCGGAGAAAUGAACUCGGUGGUGGAAAUGAGCUUUCCGGCAGCAGGGGCCGCUUCUGUGCUUUCAAAUGACACGCAGUGUGGUGAUGGCUUCACUGUCCAGAAUGGGCGCUGUACAGGGAUUUGA